AUGAGCCAACAAGCCUCUUGUUCGAGUCCAAUGCAAAUCAGCAACAACCAACACGAUCAAGAUCAGAAACAAUCCAGCAAUAACAGCAGCAAGAAUACAUUGACUGUUACGGAUAAUCGUACUGGCAAAAGUUUUGAAAUCCCUGUUGAAGAUGGUUAUUUCAUCAAUAGUACGCACUUUAAAAAGAUGGUCGUUGAUGGUGAGGAUAAGACUGGAAUAAUGUGUUUUGAUCCAUCUUUCAUGAACACUGCUGUAGCAGAUUCCAAAAUUUGCUAUAUUGAUGGUGAGAAGGGAGAAUUACGUUAUAGAGGCUAUCGUAUUGAAGAAUUGGCUGAGAAAUCCACCUUUCUCGAAGUGGCUUAUUUGUUAAUUUAUGGUGAAUUGCCAACACAAUCUCAAUACAAGGAUUGGUCCAAGCAAAUUACCACUCACACCUUCAUUCACGAGAAUUUGGUAUCCAUGUUGAAGACAUUCCGUUAUGAUGCUCACCCUAUGGGAAUCCUAAUUUCUGGUCUGAGCGCGUUGGGAACUUUUUAUGCGGAGGCCAACCCUGCACUUGUCGGAACUGAUGUUUACAAAGAUGAAAAUAAGAGAAAUAAGCAAAUUUUCAGAUUGUUGGGAAAAGUUCCUACCAUUGCUGCUUGUGCAUAUCGUCACAGAAUUGGACGUCCCUAUAAUACUCCUGUAAAUCACUUGUCCUAUACUGAAAACUUCUUGUACAUGCUCGAUAGACUGUCUGAGCCCAAUUAUCGUCCUCAUCCAAGAUUAGCGAAAGCUCUCGAUGUACUAUUCAUUCUUCAUGCCGACCAUGAAUUGAACUGCUCAACAGCUGCCAUGCGUCAUGUCGGAAGUUCACUUGUAGAUCCAUAUACUGCCGUUAGUGCUUCAGCUGCAGCCCUGUAUGGUCCUCUCCAUGGAGGUGCCAAUGAAGCAGUUCUUCACAUGCUCGAAGAAAUUUCAAAGCCUCAAAAUGUGCCUCAAUUCUUACAAGAUGUGAAAAAUAAGAAACGUAAAUUGAUGGGAUUUGGACAUCGUGUUUACAAAAAUUAUGAUCCACGUGCGAAGAUCUUGAAAGGCGUGGCCAAGGAAGUUUUCGAAAUUUGUGGAAAGAGUGAGUUGUGGGCUAUUGCUGAAGAAUUGGAAAGACAAGCUCUCCAAGAUGAAUAUUUUGUGAGUAGAAAGUUGUUCCCCAACAUUGACUUUUAUUCUGGGUUGAUUUAUCAAGCUCUUGGGUUCCCAACUGACAUGUUCCCAGUAUUAUUCACCAUUCCUCGUGUGGCAGGAUGGCUGGCUCACUGGCGUGAAAUGAUUCUCGAUCCCAACUUGAAAAUCUUCCGUCCUAGACAAAAAUACACUGGUUACGACUUGAGAGAAUAUGUAAGCAUUGAAAAGAGAGAACCAGAAUCACCCUAUGUACAUUCCUACUUUUCACAAUACUCCACUCGAAGAAUGGUCACUAAUCAAUAUUGGAGUUCAUUACGUGACGGCGAUGAAGAAGACAUCUUUGACCAACAACAAAAACGUGAAUCUAGUGGAAGUACUGAAGAGGAUUCAAGAAGAGAUAAGAUGGAUUUUGUUGAAUAA